CCGACCGCUCUGAACUUCAUUCAAGACCAGCAGCACUUAGGAUGUCUUGUAAACAUUUGCUCUCUGAGCAAGGAGCAUUCUUCCUGGCGGUGAGCAGCACAGGUGCCCAGCUGGUGGCUCCUAAAAUACAAAACAGACUCGAAGAUCAUUGCCUGGAUUACCUAGAUUGGUAGAGAGAGAGAGAGAGAAAAUUCCCUUUUGCAUCUGAAAUGCCAGACAGUGAGGAUCUGGGACACGAUGACAGCUGGAAAGUCACCGAUUCCAGUCAAGACUACAGACUCAGAAUAAAUCAGUGCAUUUCAGAAACACUGAUGACUUUAUUUGUAUUUCUUCAAGAAAUGUCCCACUUUAAGGAACAAAACCCUGGCAAGUUUUGCCUACUAGUCUGCAGCAUAUGUACAUUUUUCACUGUCUUGGGAAGUUACAUUCCUGGAGUUGUCCUCUCUUAUGUCUUGUUAUUGUGUGCCUUUUUGUGUCCCUUCCUUAAGUGCAAUGAAUUUGGACAGAAAUUGUGCAGUAAAAUUAAGGCUGUUCUGAUGAAACUGGAUUUUGGACUAGUGGAAUAUAUCAACCAGAAGAGAAAAGAGAGAGCUGAAACAGCAAAAACAAAACUCACAGAAGAUGACAGUGAAUUAGACAUAUCAGCUCUGUGUCCUAAGGUUAGUCCUGCAGUUGUUGCCAAAGAGCUGUCAGUGUCUGACACAGAYGUAUCAGAAGUAUCCUGGACCGAUAAUGGAACCUUUAACUUAUCCGAGGGAUAUUCUCCACAGACAGACACAUCUGAUGAUUUUGACCGACCUAGUGAUCAUGAAGAAGCUUUUGCUAGAGAUCUUUUAGAGUUUCCCUCUUUAGAAAAUGGUGCCGGCACAAAUGAUGACGACGACUCAAGCAUCRGUUUGCCCACCCAGCAGAAGCGAAGGAAAGAGCAAACGGAUGUCAAGGCUUCCAGACAGAGUAAAGAGAGACCAUCCACUGCAGGGUUGUCCUUGCCUUUGACCAGUGACCAAACCUUUAAUUUAAUGAGUGGAAUUGCUGGCGACGUCAUCACGGCUGCGGUGUCUGCUGCCAUCAAAGACCAGCUGCAGUCCCUACAGCMAGCUCCCUCACAGGCAGCGCCCAGUUUGAGUGAGGAGACAGACACAGAGGAGGCUGAUGAUUUUGAACUGCUUGACCAGUCUGAGCUAGAGCAGAUUGAGAAAGAACUGGGACUUUCACAAGGCCAAGAAGCAGAAUCCCAGGAAAAGAAAAAGUCUUCAGGCUUCCUUUCAAAUCUGCUUGGGAGCCAUUAACCUGGAAAUUGCAGCUGGUAAUGCAGAAGAAAUUAAACAUAAAACACAAAAAAAUACCAUCAAAUGCAAAAAAAAAAAAAAAAAAAAAAAA